AUGAUCAGUCGUCGGAAAAGUGUGGCUUUUCAGCUCCCUUCUGAUCCGCCCAGGGGACAAAAAGUAAAAGAUAAGGAGGAAAAGGGGGUCAGUAUUUGGACGAUAAUUUCUACUGGUAACGCGGAGGGUCUGCGACAGUAUAUAAAGACCAAUGGGGCGGCAAGUCUCAAUAAACGAUCCGGAAAUUUCCGUUCCCCUCUUGGACUCGCAGUGUAUCUGGAAAAUCCAGAACUGGUCCAAAUUAUGUUGGAGUGUGAUCCGAGACCGGAUGUGAAUAUAAUUGACAAAAACGGGAAUACACCCCUCCAUGAGGCAGUGGAAAGGGGGUAUCUACAAAUAACCAAACAACUUCUUAAUACAGGGAUGUGCAAUUUGGAAUUGAAAACCCCCCAUAAUUACACACCUUUGAUGAGAUCCGUGUACAAUGACUAUGAAGAAAUCGCGGAAGCACUGAUUACCGCAGGUGCCAAUAUUGAGGCGACUGGAGCCAAGGGGCGGACCAGUCUGUUUAUAGCCGUGAUAGAGAGUAGCCUGAAUUGUAUGGAACUUUUACUGAAGAAUGGCUGUAAUAUGGCCGUCCGAGACAGCCACGGAUUCACAAUGCUAAAAACAAUCUUCAAAACCAACUCUAUCAUCAAAGCUGAGGCGAUUAAACUACUUCAAAAAUUUGAGUAUAAUAUCGAUCACGACAGAGAUUAUUUAGAGGACAUGGUGAAGAAAAGCAAGGACCCCAAUGACAAGGUUUACGCAGAGAUGCUACUGCAGAAUAAGUCCAUUAAGGAAGCCUGUGAAAAUCCUUUCGCUUCCGGGGGCUGGCACCGGCGCAACUCCCUAGCAACAAGACGCAUCUCCGUUAUCAGCGAGAUCUCGCUGUCAUUUAUAUAUGGAAAGCAGUUAUCAUUAACUGAAGUGGAUUAA